GUGCUUUUCCUUUUUUUUUUUAAAGCUACUUUCGAUACACUUGUGAUAGUUAGAAUAGGAAUAAGCCGGCAUCCUACCUCUAUUAGAUGCUGUCUAUCACCGUGCUGACAAAGUACUUUUGCUGAUUUUUGAUCCAUGACCCCAAAUUUACUCAUACAAAUCCCCCCGCCUUUAUAUGAGCAUUAUUCCACAAACAGCCCCCAAAACACACCACAGAGCGCAAUACUAUACAAAUCAUGUCAAACAAUAAACCUCUACAGAUUCCGAUCAUAAUCUGUGGUUCUGGCUCAGCCGGCCUUUGCGCAGCCACAUUCCUCUCUUCAAGCGGAAUUCCAUCGUCCCAGAUCAAGAUCCUCGAGCGAAAUGCGGAACCGAUGCAACUGGGCCAGGCUGACGGCGUGCAAUGCCGUACUGUCGAAGUAUUUGAAUCUUUUGGGUUAUCUGAAACGUUACUUCGGGAAGCCUACCAUGUGUUAGAGGUAUGUUUCUGGUCUGAGGAUGCCAGUGAUGAGACAGUGGAAGGGAAACGGCUGGUCAGGACGGGACGGACAGCUGAUACAAUGCCGGGAUUGUCACACCACCCGCACCUGAUUCUAAACCAAGCGCGCGUGAAUGGCAUGCUGCUUGCAAAAAUGAAGGAAAUGAGUGGGCUGGAGGUCGAAUAUAAUUGGAACGUGACGAAAGUGGCGGUGGAUUGGAAUAGUCGUAAUGAUGAGUAUCCAUGUGUGGUCAAGGCCGAGAAGGAAGGCAUCGAGAGUACUUUCAGGGCUAAAUAUGUUCUUGGGUGUGAUGGCGCCCAUAGUACCGUUAGACAUUCCCUUGGGUACAAAAUGAUCGGUGACAGUACGGAUGCAGUCUGGGGUGUCAUGGAUGUAUAUCCACGUACGAAUUUUCCAGAUAUCCGAAAAAAGGCAACUUUGCAUACGAAAGACGGAAAUUUAAUGAUUAUCCCUCGAGAAGGCAACUCCCUGGUCCGGUUCUAUAUCCAACUUCCGGUCGGCACCGUCCCUAAGGACGUGCGUCUAGAAGAUUUACACAAGACAGCAAAAGAGAUAUUUGCACCCUAUUCGAUGGAGAUAACCGAGACCUUCUGGUGGUCGGCUUACUCAAUCGGUCAACGACUGGUCGACCACUUCCACAAAGAUUACCGAGUUUUCCUGACCGGCGACGCAUGCCACACCCAUAGUCCUAAGGCUGGACAAGGUAUGAAUGUGAGUCUACAAGACGGAUACAAUCUGGGCUGGAAAUUGGCAGCCGUUUUAAAAGGACAAGCAUCGCCCUCAAUCCUUGAAACGUACUGCCUGGAGCGCAAAAAAGUAGCUUCCGAUCUUAUCGAUUUUGAUCGUUUUUUUGUACAAAUUUUUUCAGCAAACCAUAGCUCCUCCGAGGAUAAUAAGUUGGGUGAAUUUGCAGAGCACUUUAUUAAAGCUGGCAGAUAUACAGCUGGCCUAACGGCCAAGUAUGAGGACUCGUCCCUCACAUGUACUGCCAGGAGUCAGGUCGACCUAGCAAGGGGGCUGACUGUUGGCAUGCGCUUCCCUAGUUUUCAGGUUGUGCGUUUUUGUGACGCGAGAGCCAUGCAGCUUGUUCGUGCCUUUCCCGCAGAUGGUCGGUGGCGGGUUGUAGUGUUCGCUGGAGAUAUCAGGAAAACACACAACGCUAAGAGGCUUGCAAAACUUGCCGACUACCUCUCUUCUGAAGAUGGACUAGUAACGCGAUUGACUCCAUCAAAUGACGACCGGGACAGCUUUAUCGAGUCCAUUCUUCUUCUUUCUGGUGACAGAAUUGGCAUUGAACAGGAACAGAUUCCAGAUCAUUUCACCCCGGUAAAUAGCCGGUGGCGCAUACGUGACUUGUUCAAGACAUUUGUUGAUUGUGAAAGUUACAACUCUGGGCAUGGGCAUGCGUAUAAAAACUACCAGAUUGAUGAGAAGCAGGGAGCGGUAGUAGUCGUUCGACCAGAUCACUAUGUCUCUUUAAUCACGGGCCUUGAAGACUAUCAUGAACUGAGCGAUUUUUUCGAAAAAUUCUCUUUGAGGACUUCAGCUAUUGCUCACAGUGAUUAGCUGUUGGCAUAGGGUCAAUAGUUGAAAGUCAAUGGAUAUACUAUCAGCG